AUGGGCAGCCCCAUUGUGCAGCCUGACCACCCCCCAUGCCAGGGGCCCCGGCUGGGGCAGCUCCAGGCCCUGUGCAGGUCCUCAGCGCUGCCUGGGUUGCCUUACAGUGAGACGGAGCUGCCUCCUCUGACUGCGCCGGAGGCCAAGCGAAUUCGGCGGGAGACAAGGAGAAACAGCAAGUGGCUGGAGAUGCUGGGCAAAUGGGAGAGGUACAAGAACAGCGAAAAGCUCGUAGAUCGCAUAUACGAGGGAAUUCCCACGAACAUCCGGGGCCCGGCGUGGUCAGUCCUCCUGCACAUUCAGGAAAUCAAAUCAAAAAAUCCCAGCAAAUAUAAGCUCAUGAAGGAGAAGGGCGAGAGGUCAUCUGAACACAUCCACCAGAUCGAUCGGGACAUUAGCAGGACUCUCCAGAACGAUGUCUUCUUCAGGCAUCACUAUGGAGCCAAGCAGCAGGAACUAUUCCACAUCCUCCUAGCCUAUGCGGAGUAUAACCCGGUGAGUGGGCUACCGCAGGAACUGAGCCACAUCGCCGCCUUGUUCCUCCUGUAUCUGCCUGAGGAGGACGCAUUCUGGGCACUGGUGCAGCUACUGGCCAGUGAGAGGCACUCCCUGCAGGGAUUCCACAGCCCAAAUGGCGGGACAGUCCAGGGGCUCCAAGACCAUCAGGAGCAUGUGGUACCCACGUCACAACCCAAGACCAUGUGGCAUCUGGACCAGGACAUAGACGCUGGUCUAUGCGGGCAGCAUCUCUCGUUAGGCUGGCUUCUCCGGAUGUUAAUGAAGAUCUCUCUCGGGCUGACCCUGCGCCUGUGGGAAGUUUACCUGCUACAAGGAAAACAGGCACUGAUGCACAUGACGAGCAUUGCGUUCGAGGUGCAGCAGAAGCGCCCCAAGGAGACCUCCAGUUCUGGCCUGUGGGCUUGCUUUCAGAGCCGGUUCUGCCAUCACUGGGCCAGGGAUGAUGACACGGUGCUCAAGUACCUCAGGGCCUCUAUGAACAAAUGAGCGAGGAAGCAAGCGGACCUGCCACCCCCAGCCAAAGCCGAGCAAGGGUCCUCGGCACCCAGGCCUGUGCCAGCUUCACGUGGCGGGAAGACCCUCUGCAAGGGGGACAGGCAGGCCCCUCCAGGCCCACCAGCCCGGUUCCAGUGGCCCAUUUGGUCAGCUUCCCCGCCAGGGGCACCUCGUUCUUCCACACCCUGUCCUGGUGGGGCUGUCCAGGAAGACACCUACCCUGUGGGCACUCAGGGUGUUCCCAGCCCGGCCCUGGCUCAGGGAGGACUUCAGGGUUCCUGGAGAUUCCUGCAGUGGAACUCCAUGCCCCGUCUCCCGACAGACCUGGAUGUAGGGGGCCCUUGGUUCCCCCAUUAUGAUUUCGAAUAGAGCUGCUGGGUCCGUGCCAUAUCCCAGGAGGACCAGCUGGCCACCUGCUGGCAGGCUGAACACUCUGCCGAGGGAGUGAGAUUGGCUUUUGCGGAACUGAACAAUGUGGGCAUGGACUUCCGGGCCCUGCAGUGCACCCAGCACUGAUUCCGACCAGGACACCUCCUUCGCAGCUCGGGACGAGGAGCAGUGCACUCCCACCUCAGGGCCUUAUUAUUUAGUUAAUAGGAUUGUACUCAUGUUACAUUUCUCAAUUUUUUUUAAGAGAUAAAGUCUCACUCUGUCACCCAGGCUGGAGUGCAGUGGUGCAAUCAUGGCU